AUGUACGACAAGGAGAACAUCUGGAUGAAGGAUGUCAACUGGAACGGUGUUGAUGAAGUCGGCAGCGUCGAGCUCAACGUCGGACAUGGCGGCGGCGGUGUCGUGGCCAACGCUAUGCCACCGCCGCCUGCUGCUGGGUCCCACAGCACUAUUCCCCUGCAAUCAUCAACAAACUUGCUCUCUCCCCCACACGCCCCCACCGAGGGCUUCGCCAUCCCCACCUGGUCGUUCCAGGAAUCUUACGAGACGAUUGUCUCGACCCAGGGCGGAUAUUACGCCGACACCUUCACCGCUCCCCCAGUCGCCUAUCAAUCGUCCGGCGGAGCAAUCGCUCACGAUACCGCCUACGACAGCGUCCCGGGCGUCACUUAUCGUGUCACGGGUCAGAGCGCGUCCAACGCAGCAAUACCUGACGAUAGUGCACACGACCUGCAGUCCCGCUCAGUCGAACCCCAGCCUGCUCCCGGCUGGCGUCCGGGCGGGAGUAGGUGGCUUGACGUCUACUUUUGGGCCAAGGAGGUCGCGAUGAAGACGAGGGGCACCUCGUACGAUGCCCCCGGCUACGCGCAGGCUCCAUCGUUCGACGAGACGUCUGUCCCUACGCCGAGGCCGAUUCGUACCAUCAAUCCCACACCUGGAGGAAUGGCCACUCCCACCGCCCAACCCCCUCCUAUCGACGUCAACGCCAACGGCGCCAACAACGUUCAGCCCUCGGGCACAUCCGAAUCUCAGCCUGAUCCCAGCUGGCGUCCGGGCGGGAUCAAGUGGCUGAAUAUCCGGUAUUGGGCCACGGGGGUCGCGCUGAAGACGAGUUGCGCCUCGUACAACGAUCUCGGCUACGAACCGUCGCCACAAUCCGACGACACGUCUGCCUCUACGCCGAGGCCGACUCGCACCACCGACACCACACGUGGCGGAAUGUCCACUCCCACCGCGGCGGUCGACACUGAGGUCGACACCCUACCGACUCGGGUUCCCUCACCCAACGCGACGCCGAGGCCACUUCGCGUCAUCAACGUCACGCCUGGACAUACACCCACUCCCCGACCGGCGGCGAACACUGAUACUCGACCCGCUCAAGUGCCCCAACCGUCCGGGCCCGCGUUCGACGUCGACGCAAUGGUCGCUAGGGCAUACGACGAGACUGCCCAGGAUAUACAGGAGACACAGGACCAAACUACAACGUGCAUCACGGAGCUCGCCGUGGUGGUGACGGAGCGGAGGCUCAUCACGCCACCGCCACAUAAGGAGCGACCGGACACACCCACGACAGCAAUGGCCGUCGACUGCUUACUGCGGGCCGACUUGCGCAGGGGCUUUUACGAUCUGCUCAAGAUGGCUAUUCAGCCCCGAUACGUCGCCGAGCCCGCUCCUGCAUUGCUCCCGAAAGGGACGGAGGCGAACCUGAAGUUGUGGGGAUCGAAGGUCGAGGAGAUAGCGGUGGCGGAUGUGGAGGCGGACGCGAGGGGCGUUCACCUGUGGCAGCCGAGGGCGUGGGGGAUGAGACACAUGGCGGAUAUCCAGAGGAUGGAGGAUAUCGCGGAUGUCUUCGCGGAGAAUUUCUCUUCAAAGCCCACCACCGCCGUCCGCCACAACGCACUGCAACCGCCAACGAUCGCCGGGGCCGACCAGCCUCAGCUGUCGCAUUCUUGGGGCAUCAAAGCUGCGAAGAAGAAUCGAGAUGAGAAUUCGAGAAAUUCGGGAGACACAACAGAUGAAGGUACCAGUGCCACACAGGUAAGCACUCCCUCCACCCUUCGUAACUUUCGAUCCCUCUCUGCGUCCUCCUCUCCUCGCCGCCGUCCACGUCCCGUUCCCAUCGCUGUCUCCGCACCCAUAUGUCUCAUAUUGGUACACAAUGAGACACAACCGACGAACUCUAUCCGCUGUGUUGCACGACGAGUCCGAAGAAUACUGUCCCGGAGGGGCAAGGUUCAUCGUACGCAUGAGCGCUCAACCGCACUCGAGACAAAGGAAAAGGAUGAGAUCGAUUUCCUCAACCUCGCCCCUAACACUGCGCAACUACACGAUCUCCCUGUCCUACCUUUGACGGGGCAGGCUUCACCCCAGCAUUGCCACUCGCCAGGUCCUUUGACGACGACUCAGGUCUUCACCCAGCCCAUCCUCGACCAACGAGUAGCCAACGCGCAAACACUUGACCAAUCCGCGAACCAAGGCUUCAGGAAACCUCCUGUCUACACCAGGAAUGACUUCCAGCCCCCAACUCAUUCGUUCGCUGACCUGCCCGGGCUCUUGGUAGCUUCCAUUGAGGACUGCUUUUACUGCUCACAUCCACCACCUCAACGUCUCCACCGCCUCGUCUGCACCCCCGACGCACGGCAGCCCACGCUCGAGAAAUCCCGAGAUCAAGCUGAAGAACAGGAGAUCGACACGAACGCGACACGCCACAUCACAGACCAGACUGCGUGCGACGCCACAAUGCCCUACGAUGGCGCUCUCCCGGUCAGCAUCCACUACAUCACCCCACCACCGGUGUCAGGAGGCCGGUACAUCGAGGUCAAGGAGCUGCACACAGACACAAACAGCGAUAUCAGUCAGCUCGUUGACUAUGUUCGUCAGUUCGUGUUUGUGGCCUCCGAGGAGACGGACGCGUCUUCACCUUCCUCUAGCCCGGACGAGACGCGGUCGGCCACUCCGCAGCCUCUCAACUUCAUCGACGUCACGCUUCGUAAGGAUACAGGCCAUACCCCGACACCCAACACCAGCCCCGGCGACGACGCUCAAGCUUCUCCUGCGGCUCAGGUUGCACAGGAUAAGGAAGAUAGUGAGAAUACAACGCGUACCACUGAAUGUGCCGUAGUACGGACCCUCAAGUCAUCCGAGCCGGAGGAGCUCGUGGAGGACAUCAACUACCUCAUGGACGGUGUUGAGGCGCCAGUGCCGUCUGCGCCCACGGACACGCGUGAAGGGGCUAAGGCUCCUGUCCGUGCUCCUUCUCCGCCAACGAGGCGCAGCGCUAGGGUCAAAAAACGCACACAACCCUCGGCCACCAUCGAUACUGGGCGUACAGUGAUAUCGUCGCACACUCAGUGCCUCACGGAGUCCGUCGCCACUUCAGAGACAGAAGAAGAGCAGGACGAGGGGCUGGCGCUUCCUGUGUCCGACGAUAAGGCAUGGGAAGAGUCCUACCAGGAGAGGCUAGCGAGAGCGAAGGCUAUCGAGGGGUUGUGGAUGCCGAGACCGACGGGGGUGCGGUAUUUGGCGAAUAUGAGGCGGAUGGAGGAUAUCGCGACGAGGUUCGAGGGGGAGUUCAUCAGGCCGUACGUGCCGGGGUUCAUCGGGGGUGGGUAG